ACAUUCCAAUAUGUCAGCCUCCAUGAAAUAGUUACGUGUCAACAAUAGUUCUUAAGUUUUUUUGUUUCUAACAAUUUUAGUAAAAGAUAAUGUGAAUUGCGUAGCUAUCAAAGUUCAGUUGUAUGAGUAUAUCUGUUAUAGUUUAGCAAUGGGAAUCUGUAACACUAAAAGAGUGCUGUGCCUAUUGGCAGUUGUUUGGCUUGGAAUUAUGUGUUAUCUGUGGUUUCCAGACAAAUUUCCGAUACACAACUUACUGAAAGAGAAGAAUUCUUUUCCUGAUAAAGGAAUAUUGCAAGCAGAAGCUUUCCAAAUGGCACGUUUUAAUAAAAGCAAACUAGCUCAAGCGGACGUAGUUCAUGUAUGUAUUACAUCAGAUGAGAACACCAUUGGAGGGAUGAUAGCUUUGAUAAACAGCAUAGAUCAGAACACAAAACACCCGGUCAUGUUUCAUUUGUUAGUGGAUGCAGAAAGUGUCGUACAUCUGAGAACAUGGAUAGAGAAUACAAGACUACAUGAUAUAAUGUACGAGAUUAAACCUUUCCCAUACAACCUUGUUGAUGGCAAGGUCAAGGUCAGAGGUAAUCGGCAAGAAUUAGCUAGACCUUUGAAUUACGCCAGAUACUACAUACCUCAGUUAUUUCCAGAUCUCAGUGGAAGAAUUAUUUUUAUUGAUGAUGAUUGUAUAGUACAGGGAGAUUUGUAUGAACUGUUCAAUGUGAAGCUGAAGCCAGACCACUGGGCAGUCUUUGCCGAGGAUUGUACUGGAUCUGCCAAGAGAGUUACCUUGAUGAAGAAUGUUUAUGCAGACUAUAUAGACUUUAAGAACAAACAUGUACAGAUGUUAGACAUAAAUCCAACAGCUUGCUCCUUCAAUACAGGGGUAUAUGUCACUGAUAUAGAUAUAUGGAGAAAACACAAUAUCACACAAAAACUUGAAUACUGGCUCACUUUGAAUACAAAGGAGGAGGUAUAUGGCAGUGAAAGAGGGGGUGGGGGAUCCCAACCACCUAUGAUGCUUGUCUUUCACAAUAAAUACACAAGUAUGGACCCAAUCUGGCAUGUACGCUAUCUAGGGUGGACUAAAGGAACUAGUUAUACAUCAAGUUUUCUGAGUCAAGCCAAACUUUUACAUUGGAAUGGUCAGUUUAAACCGUGGGGACGAGUGUCACAGCAUUCUGAAAUCUGGAACAAAUACUUCAUUGAAGACCCAUUAGGAAAAUUUGCACCAAUUAGGAAAAGUUGAUUGCGAAUGUAACUUAAAUCAAAAUGGACUACAUUGAAUGCCACUCUGAUCGAAAUUUAUUACAUUGAAUGUCACUUUGAUAAAAAAGAUUACAUUGAAUGUCUUUUUCAUUAAAAUGGAUUGCAUUGAAUGUCACUUUGAUCAAAAUGCAUUACAUUGAAUGCCACUUUGAUAAAAUAAGAUUACAUUGAAUGUCAUUUUGAUAAAUAAGAUUACAUUGAAUGCCUCUUUGAUAAAAAGGAUUACAUUGAAUGUCACUUUGAUCAAAAUUGAUUACAUUGAAUGUCACUUUGAUCAAAAUGGAUUACAUUGAAUAUUGCUUUGAUCAAAAUAGAUUACGAUGAAUGUCUUUUUGAUAAAAAUGAAUUACAUUUACACUUAAAGCUGUCUUGAUAAACUUUUUAGUAAAAUACUGCUGCUAUAUACAUGUAAUUUUGUAAUUUUGGUUGUGUAAUGUGGAUAUUGUAAGAAUUGUAAUAUUAUAUAGUAAGAGGGCAUAGUCCUAAAAGAGGUGUAUUA